AGUGUAUUAUACUUACUUACAUUGUUGUAGCUUAUGUUCAAGUUCAGUGAAUGUGUGCGUGAAGUUUUUUAUACCUUUGAUAUGCUUGAUGCUUGAAUAUAAGGAUAAUAAUUUGAACAUUUGAGCUAUCUCAUUAUCUUUAAAAAAAAGUUUUAAAAAAGUGUAGGCUAAUUGUUUUGUCUAGCCUUGUACAUUUGUAUGUGCUAUGAUUGGUGUAUUCUUAGUGAGUUGUUGAGGGUGCACGCAAAGCAUACUCAGUGUUCAGAUAGGCUACUUGUUUGUCAGUCCCAAAUGUUUGUGUUUUGUAAUGUGGAUAACUUUCUUCUCAGAUGAACAUAGUUGCCAAAUGUAUAACUAGUUUGGUACCCAUUACAUCAACACAUAAGGGUUAGCCUACAAAAUUAGCGGUCUGUUGGUUUGGGUGGCCUGGGAUGGAGUCACAUUUCCGGCUUGAAUUAUUGUUUCAGUUCGCCCGUGAUCAGAGGGCUUGAGUUAAUGCCGAAAACACAAUUUCAGUUAAAGGAAUUCAGUUGUACAACUGACUAGGUAUCUCCCUUUCUGCUUUCGCCUGUUCACGUCGAACUGAGUCUUUUUUUAAAUGUUUAUUUCCGCACAGAGCGUGACGUGCAAGGACCUGCUAGUUCACGACGUGAGGAACAACUAGAGGACGACGACUAACUCGUCGAUGGUGUAGCAAGGGAGUCGAGAUAAGAUCAAAUAUUUGAAAAAUAGUGUAAUUGACAGUAUAUCUGUGACAGACUAAAAAAAAUGAAAGUGCUGUGGGGUUUAAGUGCCCUCCUAUUGUGCUUGAACCGAGCCAAUGCCCAGACAGAACCUGUACCGGACUACCUUCAGGAGAGUUUUGUGGGCGUCGUAGAGCAAAACAACCGACGUACACUAUAUGUACACAUUUAUUUGGACAUUCCUUCAAAUGACUGGAUUCGGCUAUUUCAGCCACACCUGUUGCUGACAGAUCCCUUAAUUGAAGCUGAACCUAUGGAGGUAUACAACCAGACCUCUGCUGUCCUCUCAUGCAAACUGACCGACCCCCCGUCCACAGUCAAAGGCCACUACUGGAUGAGGAACGGCAAAGUGAUCGAGUCAUCCAAGCAUAACUUGCCAACUCUCUACACCGAGCACACCUUGGCUAAAAUCGAUUCCCAUUCCGGUGGAUUGUAUGAGUGCGUCUUCCUUUCUGAGCCCGAGGUGAAAACAACCAUUGAAGUCAAAACUGCUCCACUUGUCUCUGCCUACAAACGCUCUGAGCAUGGUAACGAGAAGGACAAGGGUGUGCUGGUGUGUGUUAGUUAUGGAUACCCACUGCCCACUGACUGGAAGUGGUACAAACUGGAGGGAGAAGAUAAGACGGCCAUCACCAACGGUACCGACAGGUAUGAGAUCAAGAGCACCCCCAACAGGACCACCCUGACCAUUGACAACCUGGACAUCGCCAUGGACAUAGGCGACUACAUUUGCGACGGCACGAGCGAGUUCGGCUCGACCUCCAACAAGGUCCACCUGCGCGUCCGCAGCCGGCUGGCCGCCCUCUGGCCCUUCCUGGGCAUAGUGGCUGAGGUCAUCAUCCUGGUCAGCAUCAUCUUCAUCUAUGAGAAGACGAGAAAGCCUGAUGAGAUCAACGACGAUGAUGACUCAGGAUCUGCUCCCCUGAAGAGCAAUGCUAACACAGACCACAAGAACAAGGACGUCAGGCAAAGGAACUCCAACUGAGAGAAGAUGAGAGAUAUCCUGAUGAUAACCUUCCAGGAUCUAUGAGGGGCAUUGGUUUGUUGAGUGUUACGUAAUAUAGUGCGCCCUGUGAUUUUUAAACAACUUUUCAGUGUUAAUGUUUCGAGAAAUUGACUGAUUUUCCUUUAGAUUUUCUUCUAUAUUUCUCUCUGUGUUGUGCUGCCAGGGAACAUGUUUCAGUUUAAGGCCAUGGGAUUAAAAUGGCAUGGUUUUUAUUGCCGUUCUAGAAGUGAAAUCCAUUGUAAACGUUUACAUGAGAAUGAUUGGUGUUUUUUCUGUUUGUUCUUAUGACUUCCUCCACUGUGUGUGUGUGUGUGUGUAUGUGUAUGUAUGUGUGUGUGUGUAUGUAUGU